UAAGAGCCUGCGUUCGGCGCCGUGCGCGAGCAGAGCAGCUCGGAGCGGCCGCAGACUGCAGCACAUCCUCCGCCGCCGCUCACCUGCCUCACGACAAGCCGCCGCCGCCGCGUCCCGGACGGGAAUGGGGGGCACCUAGCCCGCUAGCUAGCCAACUAGACUUCGUCCCCGCGGAAGGCUCGCCGCCGGCUGCGCAGCAGGAUGGUGUCGUGGAUCAUCUCGAGGAUAGUCGUCCUUGCCUUCGGGACACUCUACCCCGCGUACUCCUCAUAUAAGGCUGUCAAAACGAAGAAUGUGAAGGAAUAUGUGAAGUGGAUGAUGUACUGGAUAGUAUUUGCGCUGUUCACCACGGCAGAAAUGGUCACAGAUCUGCUGCUAUCGUGGUUCCCAUUUUAUUUUGAGCUAAAGAUCGCGUUUGUGAUCUGGCUCCUGUCUCCCUACACCAAGGGCUCCAGUGUCCUCUAUCGCAAAUUUGUACACCCAACGUUGUCCAACAAAGAGAAGAUCGAUGAGUACAUAGCACAGGCCAAAGACAAGAGUUAUGAGACCAUGAUGAGGUUUGGAAAGAGGGGCCUGAACCUGGCUGCUAACGCUGCUGUCACCGCAGCCACCAAGGGCCAGGGUGUGCUGUCAGACAAGCUGCGCAGCUUCAGCAUGCAGGACCUGACUCUCAUCAACGCUGAGGACGAACUGGCUCUGCACACUUCAGAUCCCCGCGUGAGACGCGAGCCCAUGGACGACAUGAGCUCAGGGGCCAGCACGCUGCCCCGAGCCAAGAGCACGGUCACGCGUCAGACUCCAACUCGCUCUUUGGCAGCCGUGGCUGUUGCUGAUGACACCGCAUCCCAGCACAGUUUGGACCAGUCAGAUACAAGGACUGAGCACUCUGAUGAAGAUAUGGGAGAGAAAGCCCCAAAACGAGGCACUGCCGUCAAAGCGACAAAGAAACCGGCUGCUGCUGCUGCUAAGUCUGAGGCUCAGACCAAGACUGUGAAGAAGCCAGUGAAGAAGAAGACCACGUCCAGUAAUGCAGAGACGCCACCGUGAGGCCUGCUGUCCACACCCAUCUCCACCCACAGCCUACAGGUCCCUGCCUCUCUUAGCCUCCACUCAGACACAUGCGCACUAUUUACAACUCAAUCACCAAAAGUGUGUCACUCAGAUUUUGUUUUUAGCCCCAUGUGGCCUUUAGGUUCGGAACAGUUUACAUUUGCCGAGUUAAGAAAAUUUUGACUCACUCCAAGUCCUUCGUUUUGUUUUUUUUAGAUGACAUUUCUAAUUAUAUUUAAAAUACAUUUUUGUCCUUUUACCUUUUGGACUCGGAUCCAGUAGUAUUAGAACAUAUUAUGCUACCUAUUGACACAGUGUCUUUUUUUUUCAAAAUGUCUUCAGUAAAUUAUUCUUUAUUGCAUUGCUCAGUCUUUCUAUACAUAAUUCGGUUUUCCUGUGUCCACUGGGCUUCGCAUACAAAUGUCCACAUGAACAUUAAGCCAGAUGCUCAAGCCAGAGUGUGCGUCCUGAUUGGGACGACCUGAUGGUGACCAUAGAAAUGCUGGUGACAGUUUAAGUCUUCGGAGCACAGAUAACGGUUAACUACAGUAUGAGGUCAACGUAAAGGCCUCCACUGACUAGUAGUUUUGGACCUUAAGACAUCAGUUCCACAUUUGACUACUGCUCAGAGGUGUUGAUCAGCAGCCUCUGUGUCCUGGCUCACGUCAGGCUUUACAGGAUUACUUAGUGCGUUGGUUUAGUUUCCUUCAAGUGCAUUUAAAUGUCAAAACAGUUAGGAUUUUUAGGUUCACCCCUGUAAGUCAGAUCUCACUUCGUUUAGAGUUCUCUUUGUUUCUCUUUCUCUAUCAGUAUUUGUCACUGGUCUAAUCCAGUUCUCUUUGCUCGUGUGACAUUUGCAUAUCUGCAUCACAAACAUCUGGAGACUGAGGAAUAAUUUUCUCAUCCGUGAGCUCCUGUCUCAGAUGUGAAAGGAGUGUCAGCCCAGGCUGUGGAUGUUCCUAGACACACUGGACUUUAGUUCUGGAUGAGCUCUGAUUGGUAAACACUUCAUUCAACAUGUUUUCAAAGCAGGACGUUAUCGCUGCACUCAGUGCUGCUGUCUAUGAUGUGAACACUAGUUUGAACCAGUAGAGGGAGACAAAGCUCCCCUCAAGUAUUAAUCUUACUACUGAAGCUGUAAACAGUGUAAAUAGGAACCCUGUCUGUAUAUAGAGUAUGAGCUUGCUUGCCUUAUUCACUCUCUGGGCUGAAAUUAAUUUACUCUUUGAAUCGUUUGUGCAAUUUUAUUUUUAUUGUUUUUAGCAAAUCAUAUGUUCUGACACUUCAGUUUUCUUUUACUGUCUUCGCUCUCGAGGAUAUUUUAAGUCAUGUUUAUCAACAAACAGUGAAUCUUUGUUUUGAUCUUGUUAUAAAGUAUUUUAGUUUAGUAUGUUAAUACCUGCACUGAAAUAAAGAAUACAUGGCUCAGAA